CCAGUUAAACAAAAUCAUUUCUUCGCGUCUUUUAAACACUACAUAACACUAACAGUGAUGAAGGGUGCCACAGGUAGCCCGCGUUAUCGCUCUUUCUUUCAAAGAAGUCGCAUUUGGCAACCUGUUGUUGAAGAAAGUAACCAUGACAAUGUGAAACAUGCACGCGUCACUUGAUCACGUGAAAAUGCUGUGGCUCUCGGUGGUAGUUGCCUUGACAACUGUCGCUCAUAGCGCAGCUCAUUCCAAAUGGCCGUCCGGUCAAUAUGGCCUCCCCCGUCCGAAAAGCGGAUGCCCGGAGAACUGGAUGAAAGGUAGGCGAUUCACGGACACAGAGGCUGCCGGACAAAAUAAGCAGUUCAAGGACUGGUUCCACCUGUCUGGAUUCGUCAGUAACCAAGGUGUGGAGCAAGAUUUUUGUAUGAAAACAGAUGACGAAGGAGUGGGCACAUGGCCGGCCGGGAGAUACUGCAUCCUUAAGGGAACAAAGUGUCCCAAGGGACUCGUGGAGGGGUAUAUUCACUGGACGGAUCGUAGCUAUAGCAACCAAGUGACUGGCAGGUUUCCACUACAUAAACGCAACACGAAAGUAGAGUACUGCUGCAACGCCAACGGUAACCCGCACCACGCCGUAACACUUCCGGUAAACAAACCCUUCUACCUAUAUGCCUAUGGCAGCAAUGAAUGUCAAACAAUCAAGGGUGCGCAUGUCAAGAAAGAACUUGUUCACUUUGACGAAAACAACCAGGCGUUCCACGAUGGAGAAGGUGGCGCGAAUCCAUUUAACGGGGGCUUAGGGACAAAGAGUCAUCGCUUGACCUACUGCUAUUACGAGCCAGUGCAAACAAUGACAAUAACGCAAGUCCAGGAUCAAGUGGAAAAAGCCUUAUUUACUGGGGACCAAUUGGACAAUAAGUCCCAGUCCUCUGCACUCGCUGUCGCUAUCGGAGUGGGCGUGGCCUGUGCCAUGAUGGGCACUGCUACCAUCGCGUUCUUCGCAAAGCGCCUGAUUGGUCGAAAGGAUGAAGACGACGAUGACGACACACCUCGCCCCGAUGACUGAGCAACCGCGCCUUAAAUACGAAAGAAAAACUGUUUUGUUGCAAAAAUUGGAAAAAGUUAAAGAUCGAAUGGAAAACCAAAAAAACUGGCCAAAAAGACCAAACAGUAUGUAUUGAGAUAGCGAUCUUUAUCAAAAUAGCAUACGCAGCUUUUGAUACAGGUAGAGAAAAAAAGAACCAAAGUUUCCCUUUUUGAGGCGGCCUUCAAUAUAAUUAGCGUUUUUAGAAGUGUGCGCCGUAAGAAAAACAUGCGCCGCGGCCUUUUCCUUUGUAAGAUUUUGGCGAAAAAAGAGUGUGUUGAGAAUGAAUCUGCCGAAAAUACAACGUUUAAAAAAAUAAUUCUUUGAAUCUCGAAUUCAACCAAAAUUUUUCCUUUGACCAAAUUUGCUUUUUUUUAGUAUAGAAAAAUCUAUCUAAAUGAAAUAUGAAUUUCCAUUGAACUGUUGGAGUGUAAAAUAUUCUAAACAUUUUAAAAGGAGUGGCAUUAAAAAACGACAUCUGACUGCUAAA